AAGGACAUAGAAUCUGUAAUGGCCCAUACGUCUUCUGAAGAUUCUGAUCAUGAGGUUCCUGGGAACAUGGAUGAAGGAGAUGAGAACACCAUCAAGAUCCUGGUGGCCACAGACUGUCACGUAGGAUACAUGGAGAAAGAUUUCAUCCGUCACAGCGACUCCAUCGACACGUUUGAGGAGAUCCUGCAGCUGGCACAAAAAAACAAGGUUGACAUGGUGCUGAUUGGAGGCAACCUCUUUCAUGAGAACACACCCUCCAAGAGGUCCUUACAUGGGGUCAUGACCCUACUCAGGAAGUACUGCAUGGGCGACAGACCAGUACAGAUCGAGUUCCUCAGCGAUCAGAGCGUCAACUUUGCAGCUAGUCCAUUCCCAAAUGUGAACUGUGAAGAUCCAAACCUGAAUAUUGACAUGCCUAUCUUCUCUAUACAUGGCAAUCAUGAUGAACCUGCUGGGCUGGGUACUCUGUCUGCUCUAGACAUGCUGAGCGCCUGUGGCUUGGUGAACUACUUUGGUAAAAGUACCUCGCUGGAAUCGGUCGAGAUCUCCCCCAUCCUUAUUCAGAAAGGAAUAACCAAGCUAGCUAUGUUUGGACUAGGUUCCAUACGAGAUGAACGUCUUCAUCGGAUGUUCCUAUCAGGAAAGAUCUCCAUGCUGAGACCAAAGCAGAAUGCUGAUUCCUGGUUUAAUAUCUUUGUCAUCCAUCAAAACAGAGCCAAGCGUAGUAGGAACAACUACAUCCCAGCACAGUUCCUGGACAACUUCAUUGACCUGGUCAUUUGGGGUCGCGAGCAUGAAUGCCUGAUUGAUCCUGUAUGGAAUGCUACACAGAACUUCUUCAUCAGCCAGCCUGGUAGUAGUAUAGCCACCUCAUUAACGCCUGGAGAAGCAGUGCCAAAGCAUGUAGGCCUGCUGCAGGUGUGUGGGAAGGCCAUGAAGUGCACCAAACUCAAGCUGGAGACUGUCCGACCGUUCUACAUAGAAGACAUAGCCCUCCAGGACACCACCCUUGAUCGUGAUGAUGUCAACGCAUUUUGCACUGAAAAGGUGGAAGCCCUGAUCCAGAGAGCAGAAGAUGAACACACUGGUAACAGAAAACAGCCAACGCUUCCACUGAUUCGGCUUCAGGUUGACUGCCGUGAGUGGUACAACAAAUUAAACGGAAAACGGUUUGGUCAGAAGUUUGUAGGUCGUGUGGCUAACAAGGAUGACCUUGUCUGGUGUAGUAAGAGAAGAAUACAAGGACAAACAAAAGAAGAUACCGAACCUGUAGAAGACUUAGAGGAAUUCUUCAAGCUAGAAGCUCUUGGAACGGAGAGGCAUGAAGACUCUGUUUGCAAGUACUUCUCAGGGACAGAAGAGGUAACAGAUAUUCAGAAAUGA